GGAGGGACGGCUGUGGACUCUCUCACCCCCCCAAAACACACACACACAAAACACACCGUUUGUGUGUUUCUCAGUCAUCAGCACUCUCAGUCAGUGUUUGUUCAUCUGUCCAUCAGUCUCAGAACAUCAUGUCUCAAUCAGUCCUGAACAUCUUCAUCCUCCUCCUCCUCUGUAGAUCCUGCGACUCCAGCCGCAAACUUCUGCUCUUUCUCAUCGAUGGUUUCAGGUACGAUUAUACGGACGAUUUACAAAACCUGGAAGGAUUCAGAGAGAUCGUGGAAAACGGUGUGAAAGUGGAUUACAUGACUCCAGAUUUCCCCAGUCUGUCCUAUCCAAACUAUUAUUCUCUAAUGACAGGGCGCUUCUGUGACGUGCAUCAGAUGACGGGGAAUUACAUGUGGGAUAAAGACUCCACGAAGGAAUUCUUGAUCGGGACAAAUGUGGACAGCCGUUUGCCUCUGUGGUGGGACGGUUCAGAGCCGCUGUGGGUGACCGGGCAGAAACUGGGAAAGAGCGUCUACAUGUACUACUGGCCCGGCUGUGAUGUGACGAUUCUUGGUGUGAGACCUUCAUUCUGUGAGAAAUAUGUGAACAGCCCGUCAGACAAGAACCUGACAGACGCGAUGGAGGACGCUCUCAACAGCUUGAAGAGUAGUAAAGCAGACAUGGCUGCGAUAUAUUAUGAGAAGAUUGAUGUUGAAGGUCAUCAUCACGGUCCUCGUUCUCCACAGAUCCAGAGUGCCGUGCGCUCACUGGAUCAGGCUCUCGUACACCUCAACCGUAAAAUCAAGGAGAAGAACAUGAGAGAUGAGAUAAAUGUGGUGUUGUUUUCUGAUCAUGGUAUGACCGAGCUCAAGUGGAUGGAAAAAGUCAUCGAGCUGGACAAAUACAUCUCCAUGUCAAGCAUCAUUAAAAUGAUGGACAGAGGGCCGGUGGUCAGCCUGUGGCCCAAAGAAGACAAGUUUGAGGAGAUCUAUCAAAACCUGAGCAAAGUGAACAACAUGAAUGUUUAUAAGAAGCAAGAGAUUCCCGACCGAUAUCACUACAGGAACGGGAGAUUCGUCUCGACACUGACCCUCGUGGCAGAGCCCGGAUGGUUCAUCACUGAGAAUAAAGGCAAACUGCCCUUCUGGAAAAACAGUACAGGGGAGGCCGAAGGUUGGCAACACGGCUGGCACGGUUAUGAUAAUGAGUUUAUAGACAUGAGAGGAUUCUUUAUGGCACAGGGACCGGACUUCAAGACAAAUUACCGCGCUGGUCCCAUUCGAUCAGUAGAUGUGUAUAAUAUUUUAUGCAAGACGCUGGGGAUUGAACCUCUGCCCAACAACGGCUCGUGGUCCAGGGUGGAGAGUAUGUUAAGAAGCUCAACAGAUGUCACACGACCCGCUCUGAUCUACAGCUUGCUUCUGUCAUUACUGCUGCUCAUACAGUCUGAAAUCUUCUAGAUUAAUCCACAGCGGUUUAUGAAGGACUCCAAUUCACUUUGAUAACAUUGUUCAGAUCUUCAGACCCAAGACAACUAAUGUGAAACAUGUUAUAUUUUAUAGUUUUAAUGCGAGACAUGUCAUCAGAAACACGAUGAGAAAAAGCCUUUUUUUGUUCUUUGUCACUUCAUGCUGAUGGAAAAGAGAAAAUGAUGCUGUAUGGGAUGAACCAAUUUGCACAGAGAUUUAUAAUUUGGAAACAUUGUGAUCUUUUAUUCUUUUGCUUUAUCUCAAGUUUUAGUAUAUUUCAUGUAUCUGUGAAUAAUCUCUGUACACACAGUUUGUCUACAAGAACACAGAGAAAAUACUUUUAUUUAUAAUUACUGUAAAAAGGAGUAGUCAUGCUAGUUUUUAGUAGUUUUAAAUGAAAAUGAAGCAUUAAAUGUGUCAUUUUUAUUUCAUUGUUUUAUUUCUAUAAUAAUAGAGUAUCGACCUUGUUUCAUUAUAGAAUUUAUAUUAAGAUUGUACUCAUUUUCCAUAAUUAAAAAAUGUUAGUUAUA